CGGGGUUCUCCUUCUGCACUUCGUCGGGCGCCGUGUCCAAUGGUCAAAUAUUUCGAAAUGUGUUUUAUGUGCGGGGUGUGAUGUUGUCACCGGCCGCCCCGUUUGUUGCCAUUCGCGCGCGCGCGUGAGGGUUGUCCGUUCAGGUGGUCAUCUACACGUGGUGCGUUUCAUGGCAGACAUCUUCCGGCGGCUACCGCUCCUGUUACUAGCAUCUCUUCUGCUGCUUCUUCUCGUCUUUUUGCGCGCCUUCGUCGUGACGCGGCCUCCUGGGCGUAGACAGAGACGACAAGUGGAUAGGAAGACGACGAUGGACAGGCGGGACAGCUCCGUCGGACAGCAGAGACGUGUGAUGGAUUUCUCCAUUCCUGANAUGGACAGGCGGGACAGCUCCGUCGGACAGCAGAGACGUGUGAUGGAUUUCUCCAUUCCUGAUCGGCCCCGGUCCGGCCAUCGACCCGCCACAUACGACCCGUCCUUGUACAGUCAUCUUCCACCGCACGAACAGCCGCUACCGCCGGAUCCGGAGGACGCCUGGGUUGAGGAUCUGUCGCACACACUUCCUCUGGGGAGUGGAUCUACGCAGGAGUGGACGAGCAGGCAGUGCCAGCAGAGGGAAGCAGGGACCACGCGCGAGUCAUUCACCGCAUUGCUGGAGGAGGGUGUCGACAACGCCGCCAUGGAGCUUGUGGACUUGGAUUUCGGAUUGUGCAGCGGGAGUGGUGCAAGUGGUCCGAUCCACGGCGGAGGGGUGGUGGGAUCGCCAACGUUGGGAGGAGGAUCGUCGCGUGUCGGUGGGCCGACGAAUGGGUGUCGUCCACCGGUCCCGAGUUCCAUGGGCGCCGGGCCACUUGGCGAGUCGUCAAGGGCAGUGACACCCAUCCGCCCGUCGGUGUCUUCACCUACAAUGCGGCAGAGGGCGACCGCAAGUGCUGCAAUCAAUGAUGGGACUCCAACGGAAGACAUCGGGAGGCAGGCGUGGGAGAACUUCCGCCUACAGAUGCGGCAUGCUGCCACGGAGAACAUAACCUCCGGUGUGUCCAGGCUUCGUGUGGGGAGCGACGUGGAUGCGGACGACGGUCGUCGGGCAAGUGGGGACGAGUCUCCGGAUUCCCAUUACGAAGAGGACGCGGAAGACGCUUGGAGUGUGGAGGAGAUGCUGAAGCUCGCUCGAGCGAAGCGGGAUCAGCAAGCUCAUUUCGAGGGAAUUCCACACAACUACGGCCGCAUGCGCAACAGGGAGUGGAAGCUGCUGGACCAGCAGAAGCGGCUGGCGGAGGUCGGAGUGGACAGGACAACGGACGACAUAGGGAAGAAGUGGGACAACGUCUUCCAGCAGUACAAGAAGGUGCAGCGUUACCAGAACAUGUCCGGCGGGAAGAACUUCUUCACAUUAACUCCUGCAACGAGAGCGGACGAGGGUUUCAACUUCCGAAUGGAUGAGCGAGUUUUCAAUGAGAUCGACAAUAUGUCGAAAAAUAACAAGACCAUCUACGCGGACAACGUGCCAGACACGAGCGCACGUGGAGGAGUGCCGGCAGCAAUGGAUGGUCACCGCCAGCCGGCCGUUGGUGGAGAGUCCUCAACUGGUGGAGAGGGGGGUGAUGGCGUUGACGAAGAUGCGGGUUCAGCGCAGGAGACGGGGUUCAGUGCAGGGAGCACGGGCACUCCAGCGAAGAGGAAGAACAUGCGGCAGCAGACCUUCGACGCCAUCGCCGAAGUCAUGGACAAACACAGUUCAUUGAUGGCGGACACGGUAGAGGGUGCGAGCAAACGGCAGUGUAGCAUCCUGGAGCGGCAGUGUGACAUCCUCGAUCGGGAGGUUGAAGCCCAGAAGCGCCAGUGUGACAUACUGGAGAGGCAUUACAUGGCGUCCGAUGAGGCGAACAAGAUGAUGUGCACGGCGUUGAUGGAGAUUGCCAGAGCGAUAAGGGAUAGAUCUUGACGCCGGUGGCGUGAGGUUUGUCAAGCCGUUGAAGUGGAUUCGCCCGCCAUCUGGCCCGUCGC